UCGAUUCAUCAAGACAUCACAUAUUUGCAUAAGUGCUCUAACAUUUUUGGAGAUGAUAAUAGCAUGUAUUUCCAUAUAUACAAAGGCACUGGAAUCCCAGAUAAAAACAUGAAUAUUGUUUUCUUUUCUUUUCUUUACUGAAAAUGAAGAAAAAGAAUAUUAGAUCAUUCACAAAAAUAGCAGUGUCUUCAUUUUCAUUCACAAACUGGAAUUUUUAUAGUAUAAAAUGAAAAUGAAAUGAGGAUUUGGCUUUUUCCUUUAAGCACUGAACUAAUAUUAAGUUGUAUAUCCGUAUAUACUGAUCUACAACUAACAUUUUAGACUUGCCUCCACGCUGACUGGACCACAUUCCACAGAUCUUCUGCAUUCUUGGGUUUUGCUUUAAGAACAGAAUUUUUGAGGUCACACCACUAAUUCUCAAUCGGAUUGAGGUCUGGGGAUUGGGCCGGCCACUUCAUGAUAUCAAUCUGUUUUUGUCUGGAACCAGGAUAUUGCCCGCUUGCUGGUGUGUUUGGGGUGUUUUCCUGCUGAAACACCCAUUUUAAGGGUCAGCAUAAGGCAACAUGAACUGUUCCAGUAUUUUUAGGUACUGAAACUGGUCCAUGGUGCCUGUUAUGUGAUAAAUGGGCCCCACUCCAAAGUAUGAGAAACAGCCCCAAACCAUUAUGCUUGCACCUCCAUGUUUUACUUUCUUCAAAGUGUACUGUGGCUUGUAUUCAGUGGCCUUUACGCCCAAUAAGAACAAUCUUACUCUCAUCUGUCCACAGAAUAUCGCACCACUUCUCUUUAGGCCAGUCAAUGUGUUCUUUGGCAAACUGUCACCUUUUCAAUACAUGUGUUUUUUUUUCAGCAGUGGUACUUUAUGAAGGUUUCUUGCUAAUAGUUUGGCUUCACAUAAGCAUCUUCUGAUUACUGAAGUUCUCACAAGUAAAUGGAGAUCUUUUUUUAUUUCUCUGGAGCUCAUCACUGGAUGCUUCUUUGCCAUUAUUGUUAUUCUAUGAUCUAGGCGGAUGGUAGUAUUCCUUUUUCUACCACGUGUUUCGGGUUUUCUUUCCCAUUUCAAAGCAUUUGAGAUCUUUUUAGCUGAGCAGCCAAUUAUUUUCUGCACUUCUUUUUAAGUUUUCCUCUAUCCAAUCAACUUUCUGAUCAAAGUUUUUUCUCCCUCGAUGCAAUGUCUGGAACGACCCAUUUUACUCACUGAGCAAGGGCUAAAACCAGCAGGUACAACAGCUGCCUUCCUUCCUUAAAUAGCCCAAAAAAAAAUCAGAUUUUUUGGAACUUGGAACUGUUUAACCCUUUUCUUCUUUUUUCUAUAUCUUGUUGUGUAUGAUAUAUUUUUAUUAUAUACUUAUUAGAUAUUUUUUUUAAAUUGCAUUUGAUGCAUUUGAUACAGAAUUCAACAAGCCAAACUGUCUCUUUACAAAGUCCCGUAUCAUAUCGCAUUAAGAAAACAUCGCGUAUGCUCAGAAGCUCACUCCAAUGCAACCUUGACAAAGCUCAACAAACAUCAGUAAACACGCAGACUGCGUGCAGUUAUUCCCAUAGUGUGCCAAGUCCCGAGUAUAAACGCUAUAAAUGAUACAGUUUAACCAAAAGUAACACGUCUGUGUCGAAAGUACAGAUAUUUGUUUAAAAAUUUAGGGAGUACAUGUAAAAAGUUAUUAGAAUUCAAUUUAAGUACCCUUACUUCCCCGUUAUAUAGACAGCGAAUAUAGACAUCUAGACAGAUUACAAAUUAAAUGCCACAUAUGCGAAGAGAGAGAGAAAGACGGGGAAAAAAACAACAACUAUAAUAGAAGACGUGAUUUAUCUCAGAUAACAAUUUCAGUGGGUAGAUGCUUUGGAAUAUUAUAUUUUUUUAUGGUUUGUUUUCUAGAAGUAAUUUUAAAGACUUUAUAUAUAAUUUAAUUUCGUUUAAGAGAAUAACCAAAAUAACGUUACAACACAGUUUGCAAAAUCGAAUGAAAUAUUUGGUUUUUACCAUUUCUGAACAUCAAGCCAGAAUGUCUGCAGUACGAUAAACCUGUUGUUCGCCUCACUCCCGCUCCGUGCCAGUUGGUGGCAGCAAAGCACCCAUUCGUCGUUUGCCGACCGUCGAUACAGAAACUGGAAGUAGUCCUGUUAAAGCCCUCAGUGGCCACGCCCCCUCAUUCUCUUCCUGUAAACAAAGCAGUAGCUAUUUGUCACUUUCUAGCUGUACUUUGGUGUUUUCUACGAUGGCUCAAGCCGGGGUGCUCCUGGACAAGGACCAGUUCAACUGCUCCAUCUGUCUGGACGUGCUGAAGGACCCGGUUACUAUACCGUGCGGACACAGCUACUGCUCGGGCUGCAUCCAGAACUACUGGGACCAGGACGACUACCUCGGGGUUUAUGUCUGUCCGCAGUGCCGACAGAACUUCAACCCGAGGCCGCUGCUCGCCAGGAACACCAUUCUGGCCGACGUGGUGGAGAUAUUUAAGAACACGACACUCCAGGACGCCGCGGCACCGACAGCUGGCCGAACUUUUGCCGAAGCCGGCGACGUGGAGUGUGACGUCUGCAUCGGGUUGAAGAGCAAAGCGGCCAGCUCCUGCCUGGUUUGUCUGGCGUCGUACUGCGAUGAUCACGUCCGGCCUCACUACGAGUCCUCAGCCUUCAAAAAACACAAGCUGGUGGCUGCCUCCAAGCGGCUCCAGGAGACCAUUUGUCCGCGACAUGACAAGCUGCUCGAGGUCUACUGCCGGACCGACAAGCGCUGCAUCUGCUCCCUGUGUCUGACCGACGAGCACAAAGGGCACGACACGGUGCUGGCUGAGGAGGAGAUACAGCAGAAGAAGAGGCAGCUCAGUGAGAUCAAGCAGAGCUCCCAGCUGAGGAUUCAGCAAAGAGAAAAGGAGGUGCAGGAGCUGAGAAAAGCCAUUUUCUCUCUCAGCCGUUCGGCUCGUGCAGCAGCCGAGGAAAGCGACGCAGUCUUCUCCGAGCUGAUUCGGUCAAUAGAGCUGAAGCGCUUUGAGGUUAGAGAGCUGAUUAAAGCUCAGGAGAAGACGGCCAUCGGUGAGGCAGAGAAGCUGCUGGAGCAGAUUCAGAAGGAGAUCGGCGAGCUGAAGAAGAAUGAAGAUGAACUGGAUAAGCUUUCCCACGCUGAAGACCCCAUCCAUUUCCUUCAGAGCUGUCAGUCCCUCCAUGCUCCACCUGUGCUGUCGGCUUCGCCGUUGGUUGCAUCAGACCCAGACUUCACCUUCGGCCCGGUGAUGACAGCUGUGUCAGAUUUUAAGGCGCUUCUGCAGGAGGUCUGUCAGAACGGAUGUGUCAGCAUUUAUGAGAGAGUGAGAAAUAUAGUAAUUGUAAGGAAUCCAGAUCUCUCAGUCGAGUCUGACUGCACGGUGGUGGAUCGAAGUUUUAAUCUGGAAGUUGUACAAAUGGAAGCAGCUGCAUUGAUCCCUUCGCCUGGUCUAGACCAAAGUCAUGUGAGCCCUCUCAACCCCUUCCUCACUCCAGGACCUCCAGCGUUUUCCUUUUCACCAUUUGGCUCUAAAUUCUCCUCGGGAUCCAGACAUAAGCACCCUCCACGACGUGCUCACCCCAGGAGGAAAUAAGACUUCUUAAGGACAUCAAACCUCACUUUCACACACUCACCCUGAUGGAACGUCAUUAUACUCAAGUGCUGUCCACACACAAAGCCACACUACAACUUAAGUCAUGUAAUUGCUGUUUUUUUUUAAAUUUUUUAUUCUGCUAUACUCAAAUGUAAUCAGUGUUGGGAAAGGCACGAGAAAAGCAUCUGUGAAGAUCGCACUGACGAUGUAUUCAGCAGCAACAAGCAGGACUGACUUAGUGCGUUUUAUUUCAGUGUUAGAUGCUUUUAAAGGUAUAUUAUUUAUUUUUUUUAACCCAGUAAUCCUCUGUAAACAGUCAUAUUUGCUUCAAUGAUAACGUGGAUUAUUUGACAUGCUGGCAUUAAAAAACAAACGCACUA